AUGGCAGACCGCGUGGAAUUGAACAUCUCAGAGGUGCAGGCCGCUGGGAUUGAGAAGCUCCUGGCUAAUCCGGGCAUCAAAGAUUAUGAUGUUGCCGAAAACCUGUCCAACCACGCCUUCUUGGUCAUGAACCAGUACAACAACGAUAGCAAACUCGAAACUCUAGAACAGGCUAUUAGCCUGGCCAGGUCGGCUGCGGAUGCAAUGCCCGAGGAUCAUGCCAGCAAGCUGUUUCCCUUGAACAAUCUGGCUGCAAUGCUUCAAAUGCUCUUUAUGCGUAAAGCCGACCCGGAAAUACUUUCAGAGGCUACUCAGGCAUGCGAAAAAAUCUGCGAAGCCACUCCGCAAGAUGACUCCAUGUGGACUGGUAGAGUGAGCAACCUCAGCGUCAUGUACCAGACACAAUAUGAAGCCACUGGCAACCCUGAUUACCUGGAAAAGUGCAUCAAAUUGAUGCGUCAAGUGGUGAGCAUCAUGUCCGAUGACCACUGGGAGCGCUCGGGGUUCUUGAGCAAUCUAGCCAGUCAGCUCAAUCUCCUAUUCAAACGGCACGGGCACCUCGCCGACGGAGAUGAAGCCAUCAGAUUCGCUCAACAAGCUGUCGACAGCACCUUGCCAGGCGACUCGGAGGGUUCAGAAUUACUCAACAAUCUUGGUGUCAUUCUUCAUACAUACUACGAUCGCAAUGGUGAGGCACGACUUCUAGAACUGGCUGUUGAUAGUUGCAGGAAGUCGGUGGCGCAGACACCACAGACCCACGUCGCAUUGGCACGGAGGUUGACCAACCUUUCUAGUAUGCUUCGGAGCCUGUUUGAACGGACCAAGGACAUUCAUUUUCUUAUCGAGUCCAUCGAUAUAGCAGAGCGCGCUGUAAAUUCUACGCCCGACGGGCUCCCCGAAAAGAGUGCAAGGCAUGCCAAUGACAUAACUACGUCGAGGAAAGCGGUCGACUUAUAUAGGGAAUCUCUUCGGUUGACACCCGAAGAAUCCCCUGACCAUGCCGUCCAGCUGAACAAUCUCGGAGCGGCCCUCGGCAUCGUUGCCCGAAUUACGGGCGAGGCUGAAACCAAGAGGGAGGCCGUUGAUAUGGUCCAGGCCGGUGUCGAUGGGACGGCAGAGGAUCAUCCACACCGAGGACGCUGGUUGGUCAACUUGGGUAGUGUGCUGGAAGUAUCUGUGAGAGACGUCAAUGGCGCCGAGGUACCGGCCUCGAGUAUAGAUAUCGAGAGGGCCAUCGCCUGCUAUAUCGAGUCCUUUGAGUCUCUCCAUACGGCACCCGUUGAUCGUGUAUUGGCGGCGCGAAAUGCUAUCCGAGUCCUAGCCAGAAGAGAGCGCUGGGAACAUGCCAGACGAGUGGCUGAGUCGGCUAUGCAGCUCCUGCCCAUUAUCUGUGGCCGGCAAGCGGCUCGACGGGAUCAACAAAACGCCGCGAUUCAAGUGUCGGGCCUUGCAGCCGACACUUGUUCCCUGCUCCUGAAGAUGAGAGAUGCGGCGAAGGCUGUCCAGUGGCUCGAGUUCGGCCGGGGUCUCAUCCUUGGGUACAUGAUUGACAGUAAAUUGGAGCGUUCUGAGUUGUCCUCCCUCCGUCAGCAUCACGGGGCCAUCGCAGAACGCUACGACACGUUACGGCUCCAGGCGCAGACACCGUUUGACCUCGAUGAUCCUGCAGGAGACGCACUGCGGCACCAGCGAUGGUUGGCUAUUCGGGAUAUGGCCGUCUGUCUUGCCGACAUUCGUAAGAUUGACGGUUACGAGAGGUUCCUGCUCGAGCCCGACUUCAGUGAACUAAAAGUGCAAGCGCUCGACGGACCAAUUAUCAUAGUCAAUCUCACAGACCUUGGGACUGAUGCGAUUAUAGUGACUCCGGACGGCGCUGAUGUCGUCCAACUCGCCGGACCGAAUGCUGGUGUUGUCCCAAAGUCCGUAAAUCAGGCAUAUACUCAGUUCGCGAAUGAGCGCUCUGUCCUCAUCUUCGACCGAGAUAUCUCUGGUGAAGACGACGACGUUGGGAACGGCCUUCAUAGUUGCAUGGGCGAAGAGGAACUCAAGUGGUUGUGGAACGACUGUGUGAAACCCGUCAUAAAUCGUAUGGGCGAGAAGAACCUUUUGAAUCCGGGGAACCAUGACGACAAUCUCAGCCACGUCUGGUGGAUAGGUUCGGGCAUCGCAACUGGCCUCCCGUUCCACGCUGCGCAAGCCGCAGUUGCGGCAUCUGACAACGACGACCACGUUAUUGAGAGCGCUCUGGAUCGGAUGAUACCAUCAUAUGUGCCUACAAUCAAGUCUCUGGUCUAUUCGAGGUCUCUGGCGACAAAGUCUACAGUUCUCAAGCGGACCUUGGAUGCAAAUCAUGUUCUCGUCGUUGCUAUGCCCACUACCCCAGGGCAACAAGACCUGAAAGGUGCAGAUUGCGAGGCCGAAGCCAUCCGCAACAUUUUCAAGUCGCUCUCUCCCUGCAAGGUCUUGCGACUCCCUACCGCGGAGGAGGUUUUGGCGCGUAUCCCAGGGUCGGCCAUUGUUCACUUUGCGUGCCACGGAUUCGCUGACCCCAUUGACCCGUCAAGGAGCCGCUUCAUACUCCAGAGACACGGUGAGAAAGGCCCGGUCGCCGAUAGUCUGACGUUUUCUAUGAUAUCAAACGCCGCCGUGAAGAGCGAGGGUUCCUGGCUGGCUUUUCUAUCGGCCUGUUCGACGGCCGCGGUCCAGGCGGUUGGCCUCGAGGAAGAGAGUCUCCACCUCGCCACUGCCUUUCAGAUGGCUGGAUUUCCACACGCCGUUGGGGCCCUUUGGCCUACUGACGACAACGCCUGCACCCGGAUAGCGGAACUUUUCUACGACAACCUGAUCCGCAUGCGGCCACAGGGCGGCCUUGGUUACGCCGACCCAUCGUCGGCCUUGAGAAAGGCAACUCUGCAAUUGAGAUCCGAGUUCCCUGAGCAGCCAAGCAUUUGGGCACCAUUCAUCCAUAUCGGGGCAUGA